CUUUAUGCAUAAGCGCACGUCGCGCUCCCUCCACAGCAAUGCACACCAUGAGAGUAUAUGAAUAAUUACGUGCACUCGCCGCAAGCUCUGCUCUCGCGGCUGCGGACUGUACUCUUUUUCGCAACCUAGGUUUCUUUGCUGCCUACAAGACAGUCCUUGGUAGCUGUACAAUUCUACUAGCAAUCAGGCGAAACCAUGCAAGCCGACAGUGCAACGACGCUGCGGAGCCGGGCGCUCUCGCGUGGGGCAACCGCACGAGAGCAAUCUGGGUCGAGGAUUAUAGUUGAUCCAGAUGGAUCUACAGCACUACAAUAUCAAGCGGAAAUUGAUGCUCGGGCGCGCGAGGAGCAAGCUGUCUCGCCAAGCAGAAGUAAUGUCGCUCAGCCUAAAGGGCCACAUCAAAUCACGCAGACUCUAUUUGGCGACUGGCUGCAUGUCAACCUUACGGCUAUUGUGCUCGUCAUCUUCACCGUCACAUGGGCCUGGCUGUCCUACAUCGACGCAGCCUACACGCCGCGCGACCCCAACUACAUCCCGUCGCGGGGUCUGAUCGUCAGCUACCAGGCGUGCAUGGUUGGCUACGCCUGCAACAUGAUCCUGACUCUGCUCAAGGUGAUAUUUGAGUCCAGCCGCAGCAAGCUGGACCUGCACCUGGUGUCCUGCUACAUCAACGCCCUGGCUGCCGCCAGCUACCUCAUGCUGUGGACCGGCUUCUCCCCCAUCGUCCCCGACAUCAACAGCUGCCUGUACAUUCCGCAGCGCUGGCUGCUCUACUUCUUCACGGCCCCCGCCAUCAUCCACAUCCUGAGCCAGAUUUCCAACUACUCUACGCGCAUGCGCAUCUGGGUGGUGCUUUUGAACGCCUUCAUGCUGGCGGCGGGCGGCUUCGGCACUGUGCCCUGGAUCUCGUGGACGCACAAGGUGUUUUGGUACACGCUGGCGUGCGUGCCAUUCCCCUCCAUCUUGUGUCACAUGUGGCGCAUGGUGACGCACGCGCUGGAUGAGACACAGGACCCCAGCUCCAAACGGGCCAUCAGCUUCAUCCGCAUCUUCUCCAUCACCACCUGGAAUUUCUUCCCCAUCGUCUACUUCGCUGCCAUUGACGGCGCGCUGCCGCUGGAGAUCAGCGAGCCGCUGUGGGCGGCGCUGGACUGGCUGACUAAGAUGGUGUACAGCUCCAGUCUGAUGGAGGCCAACUUCUUCACGACGCACUGGCGUGAGCUGACGCUGCGCGCUAUUGAGGAGGCCAACCGCCUAUCCACCAUCCAGCAGCUCAGCCUGGACAUUGAGCGCAAGGACGAGUUCUUGUCCGCCAUGAGUCACGAGCUGCGCACGCCGCUCAACGGCAUCAUCGGGCUCAGCGACUCCAUGAUUGCGGGCGCCUGCGGGCCCCUGCCUGAAAAGGCGGUCAAGACCAUCAGCACCGUCAAGCUGAGCGGCAAGCGGCUGCUGCAGCUGAUCAACGACAUCCUGGACGCCGCAAAGAUGAAGCAGGGCAUGCUGGUGAUCAAGCACGAGAAGGUGGACAUCAAGCGGUUGGUGUCGGACGUGUUGGACCUGUCGCUGCCGCUGGUGCGCAAGGGUGUGCGCCUCAUCAACAACGUGGGCAACGUGCCCAAGAUCGUGGGCGACAACGGCCGCAUUGUGCAGAUCCUGUACAACUUGGUGGGGAACGCCACCAAGUUCACUCGGGCGGGCACGGUGUCUGUCAGCGCGGGCGUGGUGGAGGGCAAGGUGUACAUCACCGUCUCCGACACGGGCGUGGGCAUCCCGCCCGACAAGAUCGACAAGAUCUUUGAGGCCUUUGAGCAGGUGGACAUGAGCACCACGCGACGCUUCGGCGGCACGGGCCUGGGGCUCCACCUGGUCAAGGAGCUGGUCAAGGCGCACAGCGGCCGCAUCAGCGUGCAGAGCAAGGUGGGCGUGGGCUCCUCCUUCACCGUGUGGCUGCCCAUCAACCAGGAGGAGAUAGACUUCGGGGAUGCCUUCACGCCCUCGCGGCUGCGCCAGGCCUCUGAGGAUAGCAACGACGCCGGCUCCACGCGGCUCGGCGGCAACUCCGUCAAGUGGAUGGACGCCUCCGCCAAUCCAGCCGCAGCCGCCGGCGCAGGUGGGGACGCCGCCCUUGCCGCCGCGGCGCAGGCUGCCGCCGCCGCGCGCACCUUCAACAGGGAGGUGGGCAUGGGCGGCGGCGCCGCUCGCUCGGAGGCCGAGGCCGACGACGCAGCGAUCGUGGCGGCGGCGAUGGAGGCGGAACGGCGCGCGGGCGGGCGCUCGCCGCCGCCGAUGGAAGCGAGCCGCAACAUGCCGGAUGAUGCGCAGACGCUGCUGUCGGUGACCAAGAGCGGCUUCAAGCUCGUCAAGCCCUUCUACAGGGAGCGCAACGGCGGCUGUAUGGUCCUGUCUGUGGACGACGACCCCAUCAACCAGCUGGUGGUGGAGAACCUGCUGCUGCCCGAGGGAUUCAAGGUGGAGCAGGCCAUGUGCGGCAGCGAGGCGCUGGACUGGCUGCAGCACACGCCGCUGCUGCCCGACGUCAUCCUACUGGACAUCAUGAUGCCGGACAUGAGCGGAUACGAGGUGUGCCAGGAGGUGCGGCGGCGCUUCAGCACCGUGUGCAUACCCAUUCUCAUGGUGUCGGCCAACGGCACUCCGGAGCACGUGAUGAAGGGCCUCGAGGCCGGCGCGGUGGACUACGUGAAGAAGCCCUUCAAUCGCCAGGAGCUACUCGGCCGCAUCCGGGCGCAGGUCCGCAACCGCGAAGUAGUGGACGCUGAAAUGGAGACGCGGCUGGUGAACAAGAUGCUGCACCGCAUGUUGCCGGCGCCUGUGGUUGAAGCACUGCAGGGGGGCGCGGGCGUCAGCGGCUUUGUGGAGCUGCACGAGGACGUCACGCUGCUGGCGGCGGACGUGGGCAGCUGGCUCAACACCAGCGGCCUGAUGAUGUCGGUGGAGGGCUGCCGCGCGCUGCUGGGGGUGGUGAAUGGGAUGCACGCCGCCUUCGACAAGCUGCUGCUCAAGUACAAGGCGUUCAGGGUGGUGUCCACGCUGGACCACUAUCUGGUUGUGUGCGGUCACGACGGCACGCCCGACCACGUGCGCCGCGGCCUGUCCCUGGCCGAGGAGCUGGUCACUGCGGCGCGCAGCCUCACGCUGCCGCCCGGCUGUGGCGGAGGCCAGCUGCGCGUGCGCUGCGGCCUGCACACCGGCCCGCUGACCAGCGUGGUGGUGGGCGUGGACUCACCGCACUACGCCGUCUUCGGCGAGACGGUGGGCGUGGUGGCGGGUCUGGUGUCUCGCGGCUUUGACAACACCGUGCACUGCUCCUUCGCGGUACAUGCGGCGCUGCGCAUCAAGAGCCAGGACCGCAUCAGCGCCUCCUUUGUGCCCGCGCACCUGCUGCUCAAGCUGCCCGGCAAGCUGCCGCCCGUCCAGACCUACCUGUACAAGUGCGGCGACUGGGAGCAGGCGCUGAAGCAGCUGGAUGACGAAGAGGGGGAGCGCGAGACGGCGGAGAGCGCUAUGGCCGAGCUGUCGGCGCGCGAGCGGAAGUGGAAGGAGGAGCAGGCGGCCGCGGAGGCGGCGGCGGAGCUGACGGCAGCCUCACUGGAGGAGGAGCGCGCGGCGCUGGAGGCGCUGGCGGCCAGGUUGGUGACGGAGCGGGCGGAGCUAGAGGCCGCUCGCGGCGAGGUGGCGCGGCUGCGCGGCGAGGUGGAGGCGGCGCGGGCGGGCGGCGCCGCGGCGUCUGCUGGCGCCGCCCUCGCCGCGGCGGAGGCCGACACGGCGCUCGCGGCGGCGCGCGCCGAGGUGGAGGCGCUGACGGUGCGGCUAGCGGAGAGCGAGGCGGAGCGGUCACGCAUGAAGAUCACGUACGAGGCGCGGCUUAUUGAGGCGCGCGAGACCGCCGCCGCGGCGGCAGCCUCCGUGCACCGCUCCAUGUUGCCGAUGCGCGGGUACGGCGCCCACCACGAGUACGGCGCCGUGCUCGGCCACCGGCCCGGCGACAGCCCGCACCAGCAGAUGCUGCUGGCCCAGCACCAGCAGCAGCAGGUACAGCAGCACGUGCGGCCCGCGGGUGUGUCCCGCAUCUCCGCCGCCUCCCACAACGGCGCGCCCGGCGUCAGCGCGCCGCAAGCGCCGCUUGUGCCGCAGGCUAGCGGCGGCGCCGCUGGCGCCUUCCUGCCGUACUCGUACCCGUACUCAUACACACCCGGCCGGCGCGCGCCCUCGAUUGGCGGCGCAAGCAGCUUGAACAUGUCUGGUGGCAGUUUCUGGACGCAGCCGUACCGCAUCGAGUCGUUUAUGCGGGACAUUGGUCUGCCGCAGUACGCGGCGGUGCUGCGCAGCCAGGACGUGACGCCGGCGGUGCUGGCGGGCAUGCGGGAGAGCGACCUGGAGGCCAUGGGUGUGCCCACGCUGGGCGCCCGCCUGCGCAUCCUGGAGGCCGCCCGCCAGUACGGCAGCCAGAGCACUGUGCGCAUGGCGCUCCUGUGUAAGGACGGCCAGGACGGCGCCGACGGGGCGGAGCAGAUGCUCAGCGACGCGCUGGGGCAGGGCGGCGUGGAGAGCGCCGCCACAUGGGCACACAUGGGCGGCGGGGACAGCGAGGACACGGCCGCCGGCGGCGCGGGCAGUGGCAACGAGCGGCUGUGAGAGCGUGGGCGCGGCCCUGUGAUGCCGACACUGCAGGAUGACUGCCGCCAGCCGCGGCAGGGAAAUGGGAAUGACGGGUUUCCUAACAACCCAAGCAGAAGAUGCGUACCAAAAGGGUAAAGACGUGGGGUAAAGAUGGGGCAGUGCUGCAAACGAUUGUCGGGUCUUACGUGCCGAGCGCUGUCGGGUCGGCCGUGGGAAUGUUGCGUGAUGGGGAUGCUGGGAGUAGCGUGCCUAUCCACUUCUGCAUCUCGGACAUCUCCCCUAGACCCUGUGGGGCAGCACCGUAUCAAGCUUGACAAUGGAGAGUGGGUGCGUUGUGUCGGCACUCCCUCGGCAUGUUCCUGACAUAGCUCCUAUGGCAUGUCAAGCGCUCGAACCGCCGGAAUGUGGCGAUAUGCGUAGCGUAUUGCAUGAUUUACAUUUUGGGGGCACUUGGCUACUAGCCCCGUUGCUGGUAGACAUUGGGCCCAAUCAAAAAUAAAGAAAGGUAGGUGCUGCGGUGCGCGGUAGCACCCAACUGGACCGCGUGGUUGCUAGCAGUGCUCUUAGUGGCGGACAGGGGCGUAUGGGAUUGCAAGCCUGUCAUUUGAAGUUGCGCACACUCAGCCACAACACUUCUGAGAAUUGGAGCGUACCGAUCAAUUGGCAAUGGUAAAUAAUGGUGUUGUGGAUGCAGCUUCGCACUGAACGCUUGUUGGGCGCGUGCCACUGGCUAAUUUCGUUCUGUCGUUUGCACUGGGCGUGGGACACACGAGCCUGCCGCGUGCGCGUGGCAUUACCUGGAUGCGGGCUAUGAUGCGGUGAGCCAGAUCCGGUUGCGCGUUGAUGCUUUCGGGAAGUCCGUUAAGAUUGGCCCUCCGCGAACUGUUGGCUGCGUUGGGGGCCGGCGGGCGUAAAGUACUGACUGAUCCAGACAGUGCGCGCAUGCAGCGUAUGGCAUGCAGAGCGUGGAAAGAGCGCGUGUGAAGUUUGAAGGGGCUCGCCGCCCUUCACCCUGUCACAGGUGCAUGAUGAAGCGCUCUGCUAAAUGAAUGCUAAUGCCAAGUAAGAUUACGCUAGCUGCACACAGCAGCACGGUGGCGCGCAUUGGCAAGUGGUACUCGGCAAUUGGCAGAGUGAAUCGUUUUAGCCGAAACCUUGUCUGUUGACUUCGUGGCGAGCCGGGGUUGGUAGGCAAGUUGUUCGGGUGGGCUGCCCGAGGGUCGCUGACGAUUGCGGGGUACUGAAUCAGACUACUGUCAGUGGCGCCAGGUGCACGCGCCAGAUGGUAGGCGGGAAGGAAAAGAUAAGCUACAGGAAAAUGCGGAUGAUGGCUACCGGGGCGUAAGAAUGCCGCAGACACACCCCACCCUUGAAACUGAAAGAGCUU